GCCGGGGCCUCGCCAUGGUUCCCGGCGUGCAGCUCCCGCCGGAGAUCCAGCUGGCGCAGCGCCUGGCGGGCAACGAGCAGGUGACCCGGGACCGGGCGGUGCGGAAGCUUCGGAAGUACAUCGUGGCGAGGACGCAGCCGGCCGCGGGUGGAUUCACUCAGGAUGAGCUGCUGAAGGUGUGGAAGGGACUGUUCUACUGCAUGUGGAUGCAGGACAAGCCGCUCCUGCAGGAAGAACUAGGAAGGACCAUUUCCCAGCUCACCCAAGCUUUUCAGACCACAGAAGCACAGCACCUGUUUCUGCGGGCGUUCUGGCAGACCAUGAUCCGUGAGUGGGCAGGCAUCGACAGACUGCGCCUGGACAAGUUUUACUUGCUCAUGCGGAUGGUCCUGAGAGAGUCCUUGAAGGCUGUGAGAACACAAGGAUGGGAAGAAAGACAGAUCGAGCAGCUGCUGGAGCUGCUGACCACCGAGAUACUGAGCCCCGACAGCCAGGCCCCCAAUGGCGUGAAGAGCCACUUCUUGGAGAUCUUCCUGGAGGAGCUGAGCAAAGUGGGAGCUGCAGAGCUCACUGCAGACCAGAAUUUGCGGUUUAUCGACCCCUUCUGCCAGAUCGCAGCCCACACUAAGGAUUCCCUGGUUUUGCAUAAGAUCGCUCGGAACAUAUUUGAGACAAUUGUGGAACAAGCUCCAUUGGCCAUUGAAGACCUGAUGAAUGAAUUGGAUGCGCAGACUGGGGAGGAUGAGGUGAUGGAAGGUGAUGAGCUGUCAGAGGGUGAGCAGGAACAAGACACACCAUCCAAGAGGCCACCCGCAGGCUCCAUCCAUAGGGGUGACCUUGAGGUGGACAAGGAGGUGCAGGACGAUGGAGAUGGUAGUGGUCCUGUGCUCCAGUUUGACUAUGAGGCAGUUGCUAACAGACUGUUCAAGCUUGCCAGUCGACAGAGCACCCCUUCUCAGAACAGGAAGCGCCUCUACAAAGUGAUCCGAAAGUUACAGGAACUGGCUGGAGGCACUUUUCCUGAGGACGAUGUCCCAGAAAAAGCCUACAAGCGCCUGCUGGCAGGGAGGCGGGAGCGGAAGAAGAACAGGAAACGCUUGCUGAGAUUGCAGCCACAGACUGAGAAAGGGGACAGUGAGGCAGACACUUCAAGUCUGGACCCAAGCCCUAAGACUGAGAGGAAGAGGAGUAGGAGAAAGGCUGAGAAGACAAACCAGAGAGGGGCUCCUAGAAGGAGGAGGAAGCCUCGUCAGAUGUCCAGUGCCAGAGCGAAGGCAGCCAGUGGCCAGCAGCCGAAGAGAAAGAGGAAACGGCCCCUGGAGAGUGAGAAGUGAGGCGGCCAGCCAGGGCCAGCCUGCCGUGCGCGCUGUCACCGCCGGGCGUGCUCCUGCGGCCUCUGAACGCCGUGGCUCCUUCCCGUAUGGGAAGGGCAGGGGCAGGAUGAAGAGGGGUCCCUUCAGUGCCAGCCCUCCAGGGUCACUCCUGCUUUGGGGCCACUACCUGUGUACCAUGACUGAGGUCAGAAAUUCACACUCUGAAUGCCACUUGUUUUGGUGCAGUGGCUGUGCCUGUGGUCUUAGCCCUCAUGGGCAGAGGCAGGAGGGUCGAUCGAGUUUGGUCCAGGCUACAGAGUGAGACCCUGUCUCAGAAAGCCCCAAAAAGCAACAAAAAAAACAAACCCCACCUAUGUAGGGCACUGUCUCCUGUUCCCCGGGUGUCUGUAAAUUAAACUGAUCCUACCGAA